CUAGGAUUCCGAAAGUUUCAGCUGAAAAACUCGUAGAUAAUUCGCGAAAACGUCAAUUUGAUAGAAAAUUUUUGAAGUUACUUGGUGAAGUGUGUUGUGGAGCUAUUAUUUGGGAUAGUGUGGGUCCAUGGUUACAAAAUGGAUGACGCCAAACCUCGCGGCGGAGUACGCGCGAACAAUUUUGACCAUCCAAUCAGAAACGACCGAAUCACAUAAAUCAAAAUGUACAACUCCGUAAAAUGGAGAGAACAAAACCCAUAUGCACGACGAAUUCAACAUAUACGGAUUACAAUCGAACGUUUUUAAACGAAACAUACUUAAAUUUCACAUUUGACAGUUUCGUGUUUGACAGAAAUGACAGUUCGGGUUUGACAGAUGGUGUUCAUAAUCUGUGGGCGUUGACGUUGAUAGUGUUUCCAUUAUUAACCCUGUUUGGUAAUGUGUUGGUGAUUUUGAGUGUGGCAAGAGAAAAGAGUUUACAGACCGCUACAAAUUAUUUUAUUGUUAGUUUGGCGGUUGCGGAUCUAUUAGUUGCAGUUAUUGUGAUGCCAUUUGGAGUGUAUUAUUUGGUGAACGGAGUGUGGGGUCUCCCAGCUGUGGUAUGCGACUGUUACAUCGCGAUGGAUGUUACUUGCUCAACAUCCAGUAUAUUCAACCUGGUCGCCAUCUCAGUUGACAGAUACAUAGCUGUCACGCAACCCAUCAAGUAUGCUAAGCACAAAAGCAACCUUCGCGUCUGGGUCAUGAUCGGCGUGGCCUGGCUGGUCUCCGCCGCGAUAGGCUCCCCCGUGGUCCUGGGGCUGAACAAUACGCCAGACAGGAGUCCACAUCAGUGCCUGUUCAACAGCACAGACUAUGUGAUCUUCUCAUCGCUCGGUUCUUUCUACAUACCAUGUAUUAUAAUGAUGUUCCUGUAUUAUAGGAUUUUUAAGGCGAUACGUCAACGAGCGAAAAAGCAACGUACAGCGAAAACGUCAUCCACCAUAAGCUCGGCUAUGUCCUCCGGGCCCACAGCGGUGAUCAUUGAGAACGUUGCGCAGACGCACCGGUACGACGCACCGUUGGAGGACAGGCCGACAAACACGGCAUCGGCAGGGAGCAACGAUGAUGAUGAUGACAAUUACGACAAAUCCGAAAUGGGAGUAUACGCUGAUGACUUGGCGCACACGAGGUCUGCAAGAUUCAUGCUCGCUGCUGUAGUGGAGGAAACAGGCCUAAUUAUGGCAAACCUAGCGUCCCCCAUUCCAAUGGUGGACCCGAACACUAACAAUGACUCUGGUUAUGUCCCCUCCAACAUGGACGUGGAUAAGGACCAUUCACCCCCUCCUUCACCCAAGGGCGGGAGAGGGAAGAAGGAGGAAGCAAGGAAGCCAGAGUUGAAGAAAAAGCUCAGUCGUCUGAGUAACAGCUCCCUCAUCACGACUCCCCGGAGACGGUUUAGGUCGGCGGCAUCAGCAGCCCGGUUCACGAUAUUCCGAGCCAACAGAGCCGGCAAGAUGAGAGCAAAGUCAUUCGCCAAGAAGGAGAAGAAGGCGACGCAGACACUGGCUAUUGUUUUAGGUGUAUUCCUCUUCUGUUGGGCGCCGUUCUUCACCUGCUCAGUGCUGGAUGCCCUGUGCACCAAGUUCGGUCUGAACUGUUCACCAGGCGUCACGGUGUUCAUCCUCACCACUUGGCUUGGUUACAUCAACUCUUUCCUCAAUCCAGUCAUCUAUACGAUCUUCAAUCCAGAGUUUAGGAAGGCGUUUAGGAAGAUACUGUAUUGUUCUUAAAUUUUUGAGGGUUAUAAGGAUUCUAUGACUGACUUUUACACUGUGGCCGUUUAUUAUAUUGACUGUCAUUAAUUUCGUCUUCACAUGUCCUUUAUAGAUAUAACGAAAAUUUACAAUUUUUCUAUGUAAACCAAAGAAAUUGUACGGGUAUUAGUUUAUAGUGUUUAUGUUAGUUUUAUGUAUAUAAUUUAAUACAGUAAAAACCCGUUUUCCGUAAGAAUGCGUUUUCCCUUGAUAG